AUGGAGGACGCCGUUGUAGCCCUGCAGGAACAGCAGCAAGCGCUGCAAGAACAGCAGCAAGCGCUGCUGCUGCUUGCCAAGGAAACGGCUAAGCAGCGGGAGGAAACAGAACACCGCACACGGACGAUUUCAGCCCGGCAAGAGUUGACAGAAACUGCUUUAGCCCUUGAAGAGAAGCGGCGGGCAAUGCGGCACUGCUAUGAAGAAAUGGAAACGCAACGGCUGGCUAUGGAGGGGCGUGCUGCAGCAGCAGCAGCAGAAGCCCAGUCAGCAGCAGCAGCUGCUGCUGAAGCACGCACAUUGCAGCAAGAAGGCAUCAAGGCCAAAGAAGCACUCUAUCAACUUCAUCGCCAAGCAAAAGAUGUACAUUGA